GUUUGCUAAGAUCUUGCAGUUUUCUCUUCAAAAUAUUUUUUUUAUUCAUAUGGUUGCUAAUCCUUUGGAAAAUUGACGAAUCACGGCUGUUUUUUAUUCAUUAUAAAUAUUUUUAGUUUGAUAUUGAUACUGCUCGUUAGCAAUACUAAAGUGGGAAAUAUUAUACCGGUUUUAUAAUAUUAAAUAAACCUAUAGAAGUUAUGGGUAACCAUAGCAGUCAUGAAAAGACAGUUACAGAUGGUAGUGGUAGUGGUUCGAGUUCUCCAAGAGGUUCGACAAGAGGCACCCGGUCUGGAUCAGGUGUGGAAUUACAACCAGAAAAGACAGAAGUUCAGCCACCUUCUCUUGUCCCUAUAGAAAAACUUGGCAAGCUGCUGGUGCAGAGAUCGCAGAAGGAGGAUGGAGUCAACGGUGUCACUGAGAACUCCUUCACAAAGUACCUGUUCCCUCGCUACCCUGAGCUAGCCCGUCAGUUCUACCGCCACGUACAUCGCUCGGCCCGCUGCAGCAACAAGCACAUCCCGUUGGCUGCCUUCCGCCAACAAUGCGAGAAAAUCCUUGCCGUACUCGAUGACAGCGUCAUUAUCGACACCUACGUGAGGAUGUUCAGCUGGAACCCCGAGGAGGGCACCGUGAGCCCGGACGAGCUGCGAGCGCUGCUCUACGUCAGCUACAAGCUGUCAAUGGAUUACUACCCGGACGGGCCGCAGACCUGCAUGCUGAUAAACAAGACGCUUACUGCGGUGGUGAAGGGCUGCUUCAACAACAAGGAGUCCCACAGUGUGGGCUUUGUGGUCCGCUGGCUGGAGGAGCAUUGUCACCGCCUCAUAUUCCCAGUCCACAGAUAUUGCGUCCACUUGUUGGCAACGCGGCAUCGUGAGCUGGAGUCGCGCAUGGAGGUGGAAGGUGCUGGAAGCGGUACCGGCAUCGAGCUGUCCACGCCGGUCCUGGAGCGAGGAGGACCUGUCCACACUCUGCUGCCGGUCUCCUGCGCCUGGCUUGUGGCGGCCACGCUAUCGCACACCUACACCCGGCCCUUGAUGCCGCCAAAGGCCAGUAGCGGUGGCGCAGGAGGCACGAGUGCCAGCGCGGCGUGGAUGUCGCGCCUGGUGUGUGCGCUGCCCUCGCACUGGGUGCCGCUAUACUCCAGCGACGAGCAUGGGCUCGGAGCCAACCGGUUCUUACAUCACACCCUGGCCUACAGAGGCCCCACACUGGUGGUGGUGGCUGGGUCGGCGCCGGGCGGACACACCGUGACCCUGGUGCUGGCGUCGGGUCAGGAGUGGCGCGAGACCCACCAGUACUGGGGCUCGUCGGACUGCGCGCUGCUGCAACUGUUCCCCACCUACCAGUUGGUGGAGACGGGUCCCAAAAUGCUCUACCUGAACACUUCAAUCCGGGGCUACCCUCGAGGCCUGCGUGCUGGAAGCGAUCCGCGGAAACCCACCCUGGCCGUCGAGGAGGACUUUGACCGCUUCCACUACCAGGGCGCGCCCUACGUACUCAACGCGAUAGAGGUUUGGGGGUGCGGUGAGCAAGCGGCGCGAGAGGCUCAACUGGACGUGAAGAAGUGGCAGGUGCGGGAGGCCGAGCGACAGAGACAGGUGAAGAUAUCUGCGGCGGACUGGAUCGAGCACCCUGACCGCUACCUGCUGGAGCUGGCUGGCCGGCCGCAGUACAACAACUCGGCUAGCUAACGAGCCUAACCUCCUCCCACAGCUGUCCACUAUUUACAGACGCAUACAAAAAGAAUAGGUCGACAUGUCGCCUGUGGUUCCUUACGGGGACAGUCCAGAUGCAAUGUCAAUUGUAAUUCAUGCUGGGCCAUUGCGUCCUAAAGCACUUUGAUCAGGGGCGUGCAUAUCAUAUAAGCAAUUAGGCAGUGCCUAUCUCGUUAUGAACGUAAAUAAAUAUAGCACUAGUGUUAGAAUUCAUUUACUACCUACGGUAGGCAGUCUACAGAUUGCAUAUACGAAGCAAGCAGCGUUUCAUACAACUUAUGUCGUGAUGUAGGACUAAAGCGAGAUCUACAUUGUUAGAAAACCAAUGCACGCCCCUGACUUUGAUCUUUAUUUAACAUAUCCAUCAUUUCAAACUGAAAUGAAAUGUGAAAUAUUGUAUGUAAAGUAUUAUUUGUAACACCAGAUCAUUCUAAUCUUAACUUCUGGUCGUCAAUUUUUGUAUUUAUAACAACACAAUGCUGCAAUUAUUUUUGUGGUAAGAGAUCCAGGGCUGUGUUCUGCUACCAAAUGGUACAUCAGUCACUACAGCGGCUCUUGGCUCUGUCAUUUUGAAUAUAAAAAAAAAAGAAAAUGGUGUGAAGAUGUCAUUUUUGACACGCGCCAUAUUGAUUGUAAACGAAAACCAUUGACUGCCGUUCCCAAUAUUCAGUCUAUCUCCGGUUGUGGCCUACUUGAGAUAAAAAUCGUAACUAUAGUUGACUUUUCUGUCCCAAUAAACUUAUCGACGGAAACUCACCUUAUCCGUACACGCUGUCUGUCAAUGGGACGACGUAUAGCUUACCAGCGAUAGAAGAUUGUAUGGGAAUUUCAAUUCACGCGUCCCAAUAUAAGGCGAUAAGAAUGACUUAUCGGGUAUAUUGGGACAGCUUCAGAUUAUUGUCAGCUAAUUACUGACAGUAGAAGGUAUCUGUAGAUAGUAUAUUGGGAACGGCCGUAAGUCAUUCGUACACACCUGUAUAACUAUAACAAACUCCAGUGCAGAAACCCUUUAAUAUUACUAUAUUGAAAGUGGUAUUCGACUGAAGUAGAUAUUAAUAUGUAACCCAGUAAUUGUAAUUCAUGAUAAGGCUAAGUUUACGUUUAAACUGUAUCCUAUACACAAUGUUUGAGUGGUGCUAACCUAGUGUUAUAAUAAGCUGAACUCAUUUAGUAGAAAUUUUUCAACGCGGUAACAAUAUUUAAUUGAGUUUUGAGUGUGAGAAAUUGUUUCAAUAUAUACCUACGUUCAAAGCAAAGGGCACAUAAUAUCCAAAUUUACUUGAUAAGCUGACAUGCAUAGCGUUAUUGUUAACUGAAAUUCUUUAUUUUGACUGUGUUAUCGAAAUAUUUUUAAGCUAAAAUCUUGUUUCAUUAAAUUAUAAUUUAGGUAUAAGUAGUUUUUUAGAAUGUUAUUAUGCUCAAUGCUUAUGACGGACCAACAGUUUUCAGUAGCUCCAAUUACACUUUAUAUUACGGCGACACUAAAUUCCAGCGACCUUGAGCGAUAUGAGUUCACGGCUGCCGGCCUGCCAUCUAUGUAACAAAGCCAAAACUUUCAAAAUUCUUGGGUGGAAAACAGUUUAUAUGCUUACAAUCCUCGUUAUUCACUACUAAUCUGAAUAAAUGAACCUACCCAAAAAAGUACAAGCUAUAAGAAUAACUUUUCUGAGAAAAGUACCAAAAAAAUGCGUCACGCCAUGUCAAAAAACUCGACUCGAAAAAGGCUCGAACCUACGACCUCUGGCGUUCCGUGCCAGUGCUCUCCCAACUGAGCCAACCGUUCGAGUGACGCAUCGUCAUAAAAUCUUGUAUGCACAACUAGUUGCGCUAUUGUAUGACACAAUUAUUAAAACAGACCCUUUGGUUUAUUAGUCUCGUCAACAUUGUUAUUUGAUUACAGAAUUUAAUUAUCAAUGUUUCCUUUAUUUAUUAACAUUUUUUAUCAAUAAAUAUUAUCGAAUCUCUCAAAAUUGUUGAGUUAAUAUUAAUGUUUGUCGAUUGUGUGGUGGCCAUAUUUUUAUUCACUAACUUAUAUGUAAAACAUUCUCUUGUAUAAAUUGUAUUUUACAAAAAUGCAUAAUUAAUUGUUAUGGGCACAGGGCAGUGCGUCAAACUAAAUUCCGAUCAAAAAAUAGUCUGACCUUGCGACGGGAAUGAGAAUUCUCACAAAAAAAAACAUACGUACAAACACGUAGCAUUUCAGUGCCUGCUUAAAUGUUUGUAUAUAAUAAUUAUUAGUAACAAUGUCAAAAAUGAGUGUUUCAAAUAUAUUAUUAUAUAGUUUUAUUUAUUUUUAAAUUAUAAUGACGGUAGUUUUGUAUUGAUUUUAAGGUUUGUCUAUGGUAUUGUACAAAUCGUACUACACACAUACAAGAAUAACAAUAAUAUAAAAUUAUUUGUUUUGUUCAUAGAUAUAGUAUCCCACUGACGUUAGUAGACUGGCAAUGCAAAUCAUCGAGCGAGACCAAAAUUCUGAAGAUUUUCUUUAUUGGAUGAGUUAUAUCCAGUUUCAAAACACGUAACUAUUUCAGAUCAGCGGGCCUGCCACGACGUCAUUAGACCUAUCCAAUUUAGGUUGACGUCGAAUCAAGUCGGAAAUUGCAUCGUAAACUGUUUUAGUUCGUUCAUUCACUCGUACCAUGAUGUAAUAUUUCAACGUAAACUGGAGCUUGUGUCAAAGUGAGCGAUUCAAAGAAAGUCUCUACUUAGCGGAAUGUGAAUCGUGUUGUAAAUAACUUUUAGAAAAUAGUGAAAACGUGCCUACAGAAAAGAAAAAUUUAAUUAAGUUUGACGUGUCAGUUUUUUCAUUCACCUCAGUGUAAAUAAUACUUCUGUUGACGUGCCUUAUAAUAAAUAAUUAUAAUCCAAUUAUGCGAGUUCUUACCUGUCCCCAAUAGAGAUAAUAUUUUCCUUUUAUUCUUCAGUAUUGUGUACGCGUGUGCGCGUGAACUUUGAUCUGACCGGAUGUUAUUUAAAUAAUAUCUUUGACAUUGUUAUUUUUAUAAACCGUUUAUCGAUGCCUAGGCACAAUUAUAUUGACUUAAUAAAAAAUACCUAUGUAUGUAUAAUUAAUAUGAUACCAAUUGUAUAUAAUAAAUACUACCUAUAUGACGUAAGUAAUAAAAUUUAUUUUAUUACAA